AUGGAGACUCCUCAAUGCCCCAACCUCUUAACCUUGAUGCUCCAAUGGAAUCAUUGUGAAAAGAUCCACACUGAUUUUUUUCAGUUGAUGCCUCUUCUUAGGGUCUUGGAUCUGUCAGGUACAUCGAUCAUUCUGUCUGAGCUUCCGGCAGGGAUCGGUAACUUGGCAGAGCUAAGAUAUCUCAAUCUAUCAGCCACAGGUAUAACAUCAUUGCCUGAAGAGAUAGGAAAUCUAGUAAAGAUGAGGCAGUUGGAGUUAGAGAGUACAUUGUGUUUGGAAAGAAUUCCUCAUGGGCUAAUCUCCAGACUUCCUGAGUUAAGAGUCAUUAACCUAUUUGGAAGUUUGUAUUUUAACUGGGAAGAAGGGAGCAGUGGAUUCAAUAUCACUGAGUUGGAAGGCCUGGAACGUUUAAUUCAUCUUGGAAUCACCAUAUCAACUGUGCAUUCUCUUGAAAGGUUACUUGGCUCUAGCAAGAUGCGGAACAUGAUUCAGUAUCUACAACUGACAGGGUGCAAGGGCCGGACUAUCUCCACCCAACUAUCAUCUCGUCUUACAGUAAUGAGGAAUCUUAAAAGACUUUUUAUUGAAGAUUCCAGAACGUUGGAGGAGGCGACGAUUGGUGCAGAUGGGGAGAGCGAUUAUGAUUAUCCUGCUUCGAGCUUAGAAUGGCUCCGAUUUGAUUGUCUCUCAGUCUUAAAUUGCAUUCGUGUGGGCCGCAUAUGCUUCAGAAGCCUGAACCGUAUACAUAUUUCCAAUUGUUCUAAGUUAAAGAAAAUCGUUGGUUUGCUACAUCUUGAAAGUCUCGAAACAAUUGAGAUAAGGAGUUGUGAUGUGCUAGAAGAAGUAAUAAGCAAGGCAGCUGAUGAAGAAGAGGUGGGAGAUAAAGGGCUAAUGCAACUGAAAGCUAUAAAGCUGGAGGACCUUCCAAAACUGAAGAACAUCUGUAGCUAUGCAAUGGAUUUUCCUUCCUUGGAGGCAGUCGAGGUGAUUAACUGCCCAAAGUUGAAGAAGCUCCCUCUUUCUCUUCAUAGCACUCAGAAUUCUCUACCGGAGACACGUGGGGAGAAAGAAUGGUGGGAUGGUUUAGAGUGGGAAGAAAAUGACAUCAAGUCCAGUUUGCUUCCUUCAUUCAAAGAUAUAAAAAAAGAUCGCAUGGCUAAUAGAGAACUCUCAUAUAUGUUGCGGUGA